AAAAUCCUGUAGUGAUUCAAAGAGGAAGAACCAGGAUGAACGCAACUCUCGUCCUCACAUUUCUUCCACCAAAGGUCUCCACUGUUAUAACUGCACCUACGCUGCACCGCAACACUUCUCUUCUCGCAUUCACGAAGCCUAUUGUAAGGAGGCCCAUUCCUCAGAGGUUUGACAUCCGAGCAUGGACCGACGACGGGGAUGCGGACGGUGGAGUUUCAGACUCUUAUGAUAUGGAAGAAGAAGAUGAUUUCGAGGAAUCUGACAACAAGAAAGACUACGACAUUGACUAUGAUACCUCCACUAGCCUCUCCAUUUCCGGCGGUGAUGACGACAUUACCAUGGUCAGCAGCAGUAGCUUCGUCUCCACCCAAGGAUGGGACUCCGAGAAAACAGUCGAUUACCGUAUUAACGAAAAUGAAUUCCACAAAAUUAGCCUCUUUCAUUGCGACUUCUUCAUACGCAAACCUCCUGACCCGGACAACAACGUCUAUGAUUUCCGAGAGAUGUAUGUGACUCCACCAGAUACUGAUGUGUAUGCAAUCCCCCAAGUUCUUGCACCUAUGCCUCAAAAGUAUAUUAGAUGUGCACAGAGUGAAUAUGGGUUAUGGAAGGUGACAGAGCCUCCAGUUGACGCACCUAGAGAUCCAUUGUACAAGUCUGAGAGGGAAGUGUUCAAGGUAUGAGCAGAGUUAAAGAUAUGAAGUUCCAGCAGGAUGAUUCUUGUUCAGUUGUAAAAUUAUCUGCCACCUUUAUGUAAAAAUGUAAGCUACUAGAUUCUGGAGUGCUUCAUAAAUCGUAGUACUAUCACAAGUUAGUAUGAUGAGUCUAAAUGUAGAAUGGUCACGUGUUGUACAAUACCACUGAGGAUUAAUUACUAAUAAUCUACUUUCUUUUCUGUUGUUGUGGUGAAUGGUGUUCUUUUUCUUCUGGCAGGUAUACUUGACAAAGCACUUCCGAAACCGCAGAGCAGGUGAUUCAGAUUUUCUUCUAGAUUUUGAGGAGAUUUAUGUUAUUGAUUCAAAAACCAAAUCUAUUACAAGAGCUAAAGUGACGGUGAAAGUUCCAGAAGGAAGGUCCAGGGAUAGAUAUAAUGAUUUUCUUGUCAUUCAUGAUAAUGGAAACUCUUUCAAAAUAAUCCCAUCGGAAGAUAGAGAGAGCCCAUCGGAUGUGAUCCAGAGAGAAGAGUGGAAUGAUUCACGAGAAGAAAUGGAAAAGCACCUUAGUAAACUUAGAGAUUUCAGCGUGUCAAAUUGGUUUUAGCUCAAGAUAUUUGAUCUUUCUAUGAUAUGGUUUGUUCGUGAAUGAUACAUGUCUUCGUUUGCUCAUAGGAUAAUUUUGCAACAUUUUAGCUACUUAUUUAGAUUUAGUCUUAAUGAGAAUAUAAAAGUAUGUUCCCCAGCCAACCACAAUAUAGAGUUCAAGAAUUAUUAGGAUAUUUGACCUUUUACAAAUUUUAAAUUUCAAUUUAAUAGGGAGUAGGGAGUACUAAAGACAUUCCAAGAGUCGUGACAAGGCAAUAAACUCAAUAAGAGUCGUCCAAAGAGUUUACAAGAUGGAUUAUGACAAUUCUGAAUUGCCCUAUUGUGAAUGUUUACUUCAUCAAAUAAAUUUUAAGUAAUGGAG